UCCCCGCCUCCUGUUCCCAUCCCUGUCCCCCUGCCCAUGUCCCCAUCCCCUCCUCACCCUCCUUCCUCUCUCCCUCCCUCCUUCCUCUCCCUCCUUCCUCUCCUUCCCGUCCGCUCGCCCCGCCCGGCGGCUCCCGGCGGCCCCGGCGGCUGCGGAGGCCGGUCCCUAUGUCGCCAUGUCCGGGGCCCCGGUGCGGGUGCUGCUGCUGGGGCCGGUGCCGUACGCGGAGGCGCUGCGGGUGCAGGAGCGCUGCGUGGCGGCGGCGCGGGCGGCGCGGGGCCCGGCCCCCGCCGCUGGGGCCCGGGCGGGGCGGGGCGGCCCCAGCGUGGUGCCCGCGGAGAGCGUGGUGCUGAGCGAGCCGGCGCACCCCGUGUACACGUGGGGCUUGCGGGGCGCGCCGGACGCGGCGGCGGCGGCGGCGCUGCGGGGGACGGGCGCGGGGCUGGUGGCGGCGCGGCGCGGCGGCCACAUCACGUUCCACGGCCCCGGGCAGCUCCUCGCCUUCCCCGUGCUCGACCUGCGUCGCCGCCGCCUCCCGCUCCGCGGGUACGUGGCCGGGCUGGAGGCGCUGGUGCUGCGGCUCUGCCGCCGGCUCGGCCUGGGAGCCGCCCGCGCCCUCCCGCCGCCCUUCACCGGAGUCUGGAUGGGCGACAGCAAGUUGUGUGCCAUCGGUGUGCACUGUGGCAACCACAUCACAUCGCAUGGGCUGGCACUGAACUGCUGCACUGACCUCACCUGGUUUGACCACAUCAUCCCCUGCGGGCUGGAGGGGAAAGGUGUCACCUCGCUGAGCCACGAGUUGGGGCGGCACAUCACCGUCGACCAUGUCCUGGAGCCCUUCCUCGACUCCUUCCAGGAGGUGUUUGACUGCACCUUGGACUUUUCAGGGGAUUAGGACUGUCGUGGUGCCUUGGCCUGGUGUUUUGGCAAAGCCACGGCAUGGCUGAUGGACAUCGUGGCAGCCACCUGGGGCUUUGUUGUGAGACAAGAGCUCUUGUGCCUUUGCCUGUAGACUCUGCCUGGAUGGUGG